CGUACCCAGAUCGCUUCCGGGUGGUGCUCCAAGACCACGAGCUGCGAUUGGGCGGCCUAGACGGGGCACUUCCGGUGCCCAGGUGCCUGGGUUCUUGGCAGGAGGAGGAAGAUGGACCCCGGCGCCGCGGCCCGCGUUUGGUCUCUCCUGUGGCUGCUGCUGCGCUUGCUUGGCCCGGCCUCCGCUAGCGGUCCUCGCACCUUAGUGCUGCUGGACAACCUCAACCUGCGGGAGACGCACUCGCUUUUUUUCCGAAGCCUGAAAGACAGGGCCUUUGAACUCACAUUCAAGACCGCAGAUGACCCCAGCCUGUCCCUCAUUAAGUACGGGGAGUUCCUCUACGACAAUCUCAUCAUCUUCUCCCCCUCGGUAGAAGAUUUCGGAGGCAGCAUCAACGUGGAGACCAUCAGUACGUUUAUCGACGGGGGAGGCAGUGUCCUGGUGGCCGCCAGCUCAGACAUUGGUGAUCCUCUUCGAGAGCUGGGCAGUGAGUGUGGGAUUGAGUUUGAUGAGGAGAAAACGGCUGUCAUUGACCAUCACAACUAUGACAUCUCAGACCUUGGCCAGCAUACGCUCAUUGUGGCUGACCCCGAGAACCUGCUGAAGGCCCCAACCAUUGUCGGGAGAUCAUCUCUGAACCCCAUCCUCUUUAGAGGUGUUGGGAUGGUGGCAGAUCCUGACAACCCUUUGGUAUUGGACAUCCUGACGGGCUCUUCCACCUCUUACUCCUUCUUCCCGGAUAAACCUAUCACCCAGUACCCCCAUGCAGUGGGGAAGAACACCCUGCUCAUUGCUGGGCUCCAGGCCAGGAAUAACGCCCGGGUCAUCUUCAGCGGCUCCCUGGACUUCUUCAGCGACGCGUUCUUCAACUCAGCAGUGCAGAAGGCUGUGCCCGGCUCCCAGAGGUAUUCCCAGACAGGCAACUACGAGCUAGCUCUGGCCCUCUCCCGCUGGGUGUUCAAGGAGGAAGGGGUCCUCCGUGUGGGGCCCGUGUCCCACCAUCGGGUGGGUGAGACAGCCCCACCCAACGCCUACACGGUCACUGACCUCGUGGAGUACAGCAUUGUGAUCGAGCAGCUCUCAAAUGGCAGAUGGGUCCCCUUUGACGGUGAUGACAUUCAGCUGGAGUUUGUCCGCAUCGAUCCUUUUGUGAGGACGUUCUUGAAGAAGAAAGGUGGCAAGUACAGCGUCCAGUUCAAGUUGCCUGAUGUGUACGGAGUGUUCCAGUUUAAAGUGGAUUACAACCGGCUGGGCUACACGCACUUACACUCUUCCACUCAGGUGUCCGUGAGGCCACUGCAGCACACGCAGUACGAGCGCUUCAUCCCCUCGGCCUACCCCUACUACGCCAGUGCCUUCUCCAUGAUGCUGGGGCUCUUCAUCUUCAGCACAGUCUUCUUACACAUGAAGGAGAAGGAGAAGUCUGACUGAGGGGGCAGAGCCCUGGGACUCCUUAAGACACGCAGAUGGGGGUUAUGUAGGAUUGGGUCUUCCUUUAUGGUGUUUUGUUUCUUGUUUUUUGUUUUUUAUAAAGCUGUGUGACCAUGACGCAACCUUACCUCAGGGGGAGAUGCAGCAUUGAGUACCAAGGGGUGGGGGUGGGGGACUGAUUUUUAUGUGUGUUUUUCCACCUAACGCCAAGUGGUAUUUUUCAUAUGUGGUCACAUUCAUUUCUAAGAUAAACAUUGCCCUCCAA